UUAACCACUUCCUGUCCGGCCCAUGUAUAUAAAUGGCUGACGGGACGGGAGCAGUGCAGGAGCAGGUGGCCAUUUAUUAACGUCCCCCCACUUCCCUGUCUGUGCGCGCUCCCACGAGCCAGUGAUCGCUUUACGGGACCUCUGUGUGAGGUCCUGAUCAUUGAUCACAUGAAUAGUAGUAAGCAAGAUGUCACUUCUGAGGUCAUUGUUUACUAAGUGUAAAAAUCCAUGAAUAAUCACAGAGGUCACAUGGUACAAGGCUAUUCACAACAGCCUUGUACCAUGUGACAAGCUGUGACCAAUCACAGCUCACACAGUA